AAACAAGUGUCCAAAAAUGAAAAACAACACUGAACUUGAAUCAAACAAUGCAACAGAUAGUUGCCAUUCCCAGAAGCUCUCCGAAGAACUAGAAGGUUUCGUAAUCAUUGGAGCAUUGCGAAGUGUAAGUUGUCUUAGUAAUGUCAAUCUGUAGGGUUCACGCCUUGACCUUCACCCAGGUACAAUGCUGCCAAUACAGCCAGGACAAUUAAUUGGACUCGGCACAAGCGCCAUCUUCUGCCAAAAUCAUCGUCUGUGUCAGCUGAUACGGCAAAUCAGAAUCGUAUCUGCUCAGAGGUCCUGCAACUUUUAUCUGCAAGGUGCAGUGAACAACAGAAAUGGGAACAGAAAACAAACUGAAAGUUUUAGUUUGCGGAGGAGGAAACGGAGCUCAUUGUUUGGCGGGAUUAUCGGCCAGUAACCCGGAUGUUGAAACACGUGUUUUAACUUUGUUCGCUGACGAAGCAGAACGCUGGUCCAAAAUACUCCAGGACAAUGAUUUAAUCGUAACUAUGGUCAACAGUGAUGGCUCCUCUAGAGAAAUUAAAUCCAAACCAACAUUGGUAACUAAGGAUCCCAAAGAAGCCGCGUCGGGUGCUGACGUCAUAUUCCUAGUAGUCCCAGCGUUUGCACAUGAGCAGUACUUCAGAGAGAUCUCGCCUUUUGUCGGGGACAACACGUUAAUAGUUGGUCUCCCGGGCCAGGCUGGGUUUGAGUUUCAAUGCCUGUACAUGCUUGGAGAAAAAGCAAAAACUUGCAUCGUCAUGUCUGCUGAAUCUCUACCUUGGGCAUGCAGAAUUUUGGAAUUUGGUCGUCUGGUUCAAAUUCUGGGCUUUAAAGAAACUCUAGGAGUUUCAAAACUACAAGGAAGUCAAUCAAAUGUUAAAGGGUCUCCUUUUGAUACCGUUCAGAAAGUCUUGGGGCCAAAACCCGUCCUGAGGGAGAUCCAGAACUACAUCGCCGUGAAUCUGAUGGCCAAGUCUAUCAUUCACCCGCCGCUAAUGUACGGGAAAUGGUCGUCAUAUGAUGGAACUCCGCUCAAAGAAAAACCAUUGUUUUAUCAAGGAGUCGACGAAAAGCAGGCAAAGUUAUUGUCUGGGGUAAGCGACGAAUGCAUUGCCAUCGGGAAAGCAAUAGAGAAGCAGAUUCCGGGAAUAGACAUGUCAGAGGUCAUCCAUAUAUUUGACUGGUACCUCGCCUACUACGCGGACCAGAUUACAGACAAGACAAAUUUGAUGACGGCCAUGCAGACAAACAAGGCAUACGACGGCUUACUUCAUCCAAUGAAGGAAGUGGAAAAUGGCCAGUUUGUGCCAGACUUUAGCUACAGAUACACGGCAGAAGACGUACCGUUCGGUUUAGUCGUAAUGAAGGGAAUCGGGGAACUGGCCGGGGUAGCGACUCCUGUGAUGGACGAGAUCAUAACGUGGGCUCAAGGCAAGCUUCAACAAGAAUACAUGGUGGGCUCGCAGCUCUCGGGAAAGGACGUGUCAAAGACCAGGGCACCACAGAGAUUCGGAUUUAAGAGCGUACAGCAGCUAUUUGAUGUUUAAGUAGACUACAAAGCAUGCAAAUCAGUGUUUGUAUGUUAGAGCCAUAACGACAUUGCUUAUGAAAAUGCUUAUUACUGAGGCUUUUGAGUUUAACAUGAUCAUUUAUCUAGUCUUUUAUUACCACGUCGAUUUUGUUGUGCAGUUGGAUAUGUACUUGUAUUUCUAUUUAAAUAAAUGUAAAAUUAUUUUUAAACAACUUUGAUUUUAUUUUAUGAUAAAAGAGGACAUUUACUAUUAGGCUACAUGUAUUAGUCAAACAUUAUCAUGACAGGUUAUCAGUAACUAGUUCUGAUACGAAGAAGAUUAAAUGUGCCUGCAUGCUUUUGAAUUUUCAGAGUCAGAUUUGGGCCCAAGUAAGUAUAAUUAGAUAAAUUAAAAUCUGUUCAUUGAUUAAGCUUCAAUUAAUUAUAACCAUUUCAACAAUUACUUAUCAUUUGUAAAUAAAACUGGUUUGCAACUUCUAA